AUGGCUGACAUCUCCUCCUCCUCGCCCUUCGCCGCCUCCUUCACCGAGCUCCUCACCGGAACCGGGGAGCCUCCAAUUCCUGGUACGAGUCAGGAAUCGGCGGGUGGCGCAGCCAAGUUCAAGUCUGCGACUGCAACUCCUCCCUCCCUCCCUAUCAUCUCUCCUCCUCCUCCUCCUCCUCUUGCUUCCUUCUUCUCCUUCCCCGCCGGACUUAACCUUACAGAGCUAUUACACUCACACAUCCUCCGCUCCUCUUCCUCAAUUCUGCCUUCUCCCACCACCGGCGGCUCUUUACCUGCGCAGCAUCUCGACUGGAGCUUCUCCUCUGCUAUUUCUCAGGGAGGCUCUGAAAUCAAUCGAUCGCCUCAUGGACAGAGAGCGAUGGCGUCUGGCGGUGCUGCUCCUGAUAUGAAGCCGGACGGCGACGGAUACAGCUGGAGGAAGUACGGGACGAAGCAGGGGCGAGGGAGCGAGAACCCAGUUCGGAGCUACUACAGGUGCACUCACCCCAAUUGCCCCACGAAGAAGAAGGUGGAGAACUCGUCGGAUGGGCGGAUCACUGAGAUCGUGUACAAGGGCGGAGCGCACAGCCACCCAAAGCCUCUGUUCGCUCGGAGGAACUCAGUUAAUUCCUCUCCGGCGAGUCACGCUCCUUCGCAGGAAUUUAACGAAGAAGAGAAGGAAGGCGGCGUUGAUCAGGACCUGCCUGCGGCCGCCGGAAGCAGGACAAUCAGGGAGACCAGACUGGUGGUGCAAACUCAGAGCGACGUUGAUGUGCUCGACGAUGGAUACCGGUGGAGAAAAUACGGGCAGAAGGUGGUGAAAGGAAAUCUAAAUCCGAGGAGCUACUACAAGUGCACGGCCAUGGGCUGCCGAGUUCGGAAGCAUGUGGAGAGGGCAUCGGGCGACUGGAGAUCGGUGAUCACGACGUACGAAGGCAGACACAACCAUGACAUGCCGACGGAUAGAGGAUCGACUAGCAGGCCUCAAACUUCUCCGGCGAUGGAUGCUCGAUCUAACCUCCUCCGACAGUCUAUAAGUUGAGAAAAGCUUUCUAUGGAUAAGAAAAAUAUCUCCCUUCUUAAUACAAUAGACAUAGAGUAUGCUCAUUUUGACUUCUUGGAAAAAUUCUUAUAGUAAAAUAUUUAUCAAUCUCAGCCUACUAAGUUCGCGGAGCUUAUUUCAACCUAUAGAAACCUUUUCUCAAUUUGUUGACUUUAUUUUCUUCUCCUUUGGUGAAGAAAUCUUUAUGUUGCU